CCCCAAAACAACCCCAAAAUUAACCCAAAACUGCCCCUGCACUUCUACAUCAAUGGUGUGGACCAAGGUGAGCCCCAAAAAACCCCAAAAUCACCCCAAAAAAACCCAAAAUCCAUCCCAAAACUGACCCAAAAUCCCCUAAAACUGCCCCAAAAUCCAUCCUUAAACUGACCCCAAAAAACCCCAAAACUGCCCCUGCACUUCUACAUCAAUGGUGUGGACCAAGGUGAGCCCAAAAAACCCCAAAAUCACCCCAAACAAACCCAAAAUCCAUCCCAAAACUGACCCAAAAUCCCCUAAAACUGCCCCAAAAUCCAUCCUCAAACUGACCCCAAAAAACCCCAAAAUUAACCCAAAACUGCCCCUGCACUUCUACAUCAAUGGUGUGGACCAAGGUGAGCCCAAAAAACCCAAAAUAACCCCAAAAAAACCCAAAAUCCAUCCCAAAAUCCAGCCCAGAACUGACCCAAAAUCCCCUGAAACUGCCCCAAAAUCCAUCCUUAAACUGACCCCAAAAAACCCCAAAAUUAACCCAAAACUGCCCCUGCACUUCUACAUCAAUGGUGUGGACCAAGGUGAGCCCAAAAAACCCAAAAUAACCCCAAAAAAACCCAAAAUCCAUCCCAAAAUCCAGCCCAGAACUGACCCAAAAUCCCCUGAAACUGCCCCAAAAUCCAUCCUUAAACUGACCCCAAAAAACCCCAAAAUUAACCCAAAACUGCCCCUGCACUUCUACAUCAAUGGUGUGGACCAAGGCGUGGCCACCACGCUGACGCCGCAGCAGGUGUACGGCGUGGUGGACCUGUACGGGAUGGCGGUCAAGGUGACCAUCGUGCACAACCACAACCACAGCGACCGCCUGCGCCGCAACAACGCCAUCCUGCGGGCGCUGUCCCCCGAGGGCGGCCUGGGGACACCGCGCCGGCCGGUCACCGUCACCGCCACCGCGGCCCCGCCCCCGCGCCUGCUGUUCCACCCCAACUGCGGCCAGAAGGCGGCCGUGGUCAACGAGGGCCGGACGGCGCUGCGGCCGCAUGCCACGGAUGACUUCAACCACGGCGUGGUGCUGAGCGCGCGGCCGCUCGGGGACAACGAGCUGUUCCAGGUGCGGCUGGACAAGAUGGUGGACAAGUGGGCGGGGUCCAUCGAGAUCGGCGUCACCACCCACAACCCGGCCUACCUGCAGCUGCCGUCCACCAUGACCAACCUGCGCUCAGGCACCUGGAUGAUGACCGGCAACGGCGUCAUGCACAACGGCACCACCGUGCUGGACGAGUACGGCCACAACCUCGACCGCCUCAAGGCGGGGGACACGGUGGGGGUGGUGCGCAGGGAGGACGGGACGCUGCACUUCUUCGUCAACGGGGCCCCGCAGGGCCCGGCCGCCUGGAACGUGCCCCCCAACGUGUACGCCGUGGUGGACCUGUACGGGCAGGCGGCACAGGCCACCAUCGUGGAGGAGGGAGAGGUGGCGGCCGUGCCCGGGGAGGGCUCGGAGGGUGACAGUGUCGGGGACAGCCCCGAGAGCGGCAGCCCCGGCGCGUCCCCCAGCGACCUGCGCUUCCACCGGCUGCACGGCGCCAACGCCGUCAUCACCAACGGCGGCCGCACCGCGCUGCGCCAGAACUGCCGCUCCGAGUUCAACGACGCCAUCGUCAUCUCCAACCGGGCCCUCAGGGACGGGGAGCUGUUCGAGAUCGUCAUCCAGAAAAUGGUGGAUCGAUGGUCGGGGUCCAUCGAGGCCGGUGUCACCGCCAUCCGCCCCGAGGACCUGGAGUUCCCCAACACCAUGACGGACAUCGACUACGACACCUGGAUGCUCAGUGGCACGGCCAUCAUGCAGGACGGGAACACCAUGCGCAAUAACUACGGCUGUGACCUGGACGCGCUGGGCACGGGGGCGCGGAUCGGGAUGAUGCGCACGGGGGGAGGGGAGCUGCGCUACUUCAUCGACGGCACCGACCAGGGCGUGGCCUGCUCGGGGCUGCCACCAGAGGUGUACGCCGUGGUGGAUCUCUAUGGUCAGUGUGUCCAGGUGUCCCUGACCGGCGCCACCGGCCCGGCCGACAACAGCCUGAACCAGGGGGCGGGGCCGGAGAAAGCCCCGCCCCCCUCACCAGCGCCGGGGCCGUGCCAGCGCUUCCACGGCCGCUGCGGCCAGAACGUGGCGCUGGCGGCCGAGGGCCUGGGGGCCGCGCGCGUGGCCGGCUACUGCCACGGGCUGGUCUUCAGCCGCUCCCACCUGCGGCCAGGAGAGCUCUUCGAGGUGCGCAUCGAGGCGCUGGACGAGCGCUGGGCGGGGUCCCUGCGGGUGGGUCUGACGUCGCUGCCCCCCGGGCAGGGCCCCCCCGGCCCCCCCGCCCUGCCCCCCACGCUGCUGGACCUGCCGGCCCCGCCCACCUGGGCCGUCAGCGGGGCCGAGGUGCGGCACGACGGGCGCCAGGUGCGGCACAACUACGGCGUGAGCCUGGACAGGCUGACGGUCGGGAACCGCCUGGGGAUCCGGCGCGGGGCCGACGACUCGAUGCACCUGGUGGUGGACGGGCAGGACAUGGGACCUGCAGCCACGGGCGUGGCCAAGAACGCCUUCGUGGCCCUGGACCUGUACGGGCGCGUCACCGCCGUGUCCAUCGUCAGCGCGGGGGGAGGGGCGGCCGGGGGGGGCGGCGACGGCCCCUCCCCCACCCCCUCCCCCACCCCCAGCCCCUCCCCCAGCGACCCCCAGCCCCUCCCCCCGCCCGGCGGGGAGGGCGGAGAGUGGGGUCCCCCCACGUUCCUGGGCUGCCACGGCCGGAACAUCGCUCUGUCCAACGGCUCCCGCACGGCCACGCGCGUCUCCAGCUACAACCAGGGGCUGGUGCUGGUGGGGCGGCCCCUGCGGCCCCAACGGCUCCUGCAGGUGCAGAUCGACGCGCUGAACCCGCAGUGGAGCUCCUCGCUGGCCCUGGGGGUGACGGGGGCGCCCCCCGGCCGCUCCCCCCUGCCCGCCUGCGCCCACGGCCUGAAGCGGCCGGCCUGGAUCCUGCAGCGACGGGCCGUGUUCCACAACGGCAGGAAGGUUCGUGACCUGCCAGGACCCAGCCUGGAGCUGCUCCCUGCCGGGACCCUGCUGGGGCUGCUGGUGGACGGGGGGGGGCGGCUCCACCUGUUCAUCAACGGCCGCGACCAGGGCGCCGUGGCCGGGGGGGUGCCCAGCCCCUGCUACGUCCUGCUGGACCUCUACGGGCAGUGCCAGCAGGUGACGAUCGUGGCCGAGGGUCCGGCCGGGGGCCCCUCCCCCACCGGGGACCCCCGGAGCCGCGGGGACGUGGAGAAGGCGGAUGUGGUGGAUGGGGUGAAGGAGAGCCUGAGUUGGGGUCCCCCCGCCCCCCCCCAGCCCUGCCCCUACCAACUGCUCUGCGCUCGCUUCAAGGACCUGCUGCUGCUGCCAGGUGGGGCCUGA